AUGCAGCAAUGUGAAAUAUCUCAGCUAAAGACAUUUUUUCCUUGUGUUUGCAGCACAUCUGUGGGCAGCAAGGCGUCCAGUCCUGUGCAGACGAGAGCAUGGGAAGAUUGCAGGAGAGAGGCCAGACAGAUAGAGAGCGACUUGGAGGCCAAGAUCAGCGCGUUUGCCAAAUUUUGCUCUGGCUACGAGGGGUCAUACAGAAGCAAGGGAGAGACCGGCCUUGCUACUGACCAAUUGGCACAUUCCAAAGCAAUAGAGAUAGAGGAUCUUUUGGGGAGGCUGUCGGAUGUGAAUGACAGCCUCAGCAGCAGCCUUAGCGGUGCCGCUGACUCCAGGUCACACACGCUGGCUCGCCACAGGGACAUCUUGCACGACUACACUCAGGAGUUCCGACGGCUACAAUUAGCUCUGGGUGCUGCCAGAGAUAGGGCAGACCUCUUGGCAGGCACCAGCGACAGCUCGCCUCUACAGGUGAGCAUCCAGAUCGCCACAGGGCUGCUCUUGAGAGAGCGGGGAAAUCUGCAGAACACCCACUCUGCGAUGGACGACGUGCUGGGUCAGGCGCAAGCUGUGGCGGGUGGUUUGGGAGAGCAACGGCGCAUCUUUGACAACGUCGGCCUGAAGCUGGAAAACGUGGUUGCCAGGUUCCCCCUGGUCAGCGGCCUCCUGAGCGCAAUUCGAAGAAAAAAAAACAAGGACACUAUCAUCCUUUCGGCAGUGGUGAUUGCCUGCUCACUGGCCCUACUUCUUUACUGGUGGAACAAGUAA